GAAACAAAGCACAAGGUAGACCGUGACGGCCGUUGUUGUAUCCUGUCUCCCGACGUCGAACCUCUUCGUUGGGCAAUCACCAAAAGCCCAGGGUGAUACUCCCCCAAGUUCCACUCCUACGACGACUCGGGACGUUUGCACAAAUUGCAGUCAGACCCGGAUUCAGAAGCGACGCCAUGAGCGCUACUACAUUGCAUAUCCAUUACCGAGGCCAAAAGAUCCGGACAAUGAAGGACGAUAAGCAGCCCGUCUCUGUGUUCCUCGACGCUUUCAUUAGCGAUGACCUGAAGACACUUGGGUUUCCUGUCCUUGAUGAUUGCAUUUGUAAGGGGUUGUCCGGACUAGCGGUGUGCACGUGGAGGACCGAGCGGGACUUGGACCUGAAAGCACGUAUCUCCAUCGCCUUCGACGCAAUCGAUGCUGAUUUCUUACCCGAGCUUAGUAUUUCUAUGGUAGGCUUGAAGGCGGAGGGUAGAUGCCAAUAUAUCACUGCACCGGGCGUGAAGGGCCCGUCUAUGGCGACACAGAAAUUAACCGCUGCGACUACUCGGUCGGUACAUCCAGCUUCGACUGGCAGAAUCCAGAGUGCACCAAGAACCUACGCUCUAUCGAGGAUGGCCCCGUUGCCCAUCGGUCCACCCACCAGCGCGGCUUUCUCACGAAAAGCACAUUUCGACGAUACAUCGCAACGGUUCGAUAGCCCCCGCAACCCCUUAGCAAACGCACACUCUGGCUUGGCGACGCACACAACUCGGAUGGAAGGAGCCAGUCCGCAGCCCGUCGCGGAAGCAGGCCCGUCGACCAGAAUCAAAGUAGAGGAGAAGGAGAAGAGCGAUGGCAUGGCCCUUCGAGCACCGACCCCUCCUAAGCAAUCAUACGCAGCCACUACCCACGGCACCGAGCGCACCUCUCCGCAGACCCCCAUGUCCAGAGCGUCGUCUUCUCCGCGGGCGCACCCUUCUAUCCUGUCGACCUGGAGCGCCGCAUCGAGCAUGAGCUCUGUGAUGCCCGGAGACAGCGUCGGCAACCUGACACGCGAGGUGUGGGACGUAAGACGAGAGCUCUCCGCCCUCGUCGCCCGGGAGGACCGCCUUGUACGGGACCUAGAACGGUUGGGAGCGCGUCCCGUGCCAGAGCCUUCAAUGGCCCCCAGGCCCGCGGAAGUGCGCAAGACGAUGGACGACGAGGCCAGCGGCCUCCGCGCGCGACUGGAGGCCGAGUCGGAGGCGAGGAGGGCGGCGGAGUCCGCGGUUCAGCAAGAGCGGCGGCGGCGCGAGGCUGCGGAGUGGGCCGUGGCGGACGUUCGCCGAGAAUGCAGCGGGCCGUUCGUCGUACCGGCGCUCAUGGACGCGUUCGUGGAGAUAUCGCGCCUCAGCGGAGACGCUCUCGUCGCCGCAGAUUAUGGGGCGGGACCCUGAGGUGUCCGGUUGCAAGUAACAUCCUAUCUAUAUUUAAGUAUGUAUUCACGCGCACGGUUCGCUGUAUGGGAGUAUGCAU